GUGAGUACUGUACACCGCGGUACAGUGCAGAGCAGAUCUACAAAAAUGCGCAACUGAUGCUGAUAUUGGCACCUCUAACAUCAAAGAGGCGUGGAAAGUAAACUGAGCAGGCGUGUGAUUGAGCUCACACGGAAGCAAAGUAAUAAACGGCGUCUGGGUGGGUCCAUACCGAACAUAACAAAUAAAAGCUCAGAACCAUGUCAGGGUUUUUGGACAGCAUCCGGUGCGGAGAAUGCGAGUGCAAUGUGGACUGGGGAGAGAGGAGAAACACCAUUGCAUCUAUAGCUGCUGGAGUCCUGUUUUUCACUGGUUGGUGGAUAAUCAUUGAUGCAGCUGUGAACUAUCCAGAUGAGGCAACUUUCCAUCAUGCCUAUCACGCCUGUGGUGUCAUCGCUACUGUGGCCUUUCUCAUGAUCAAUGCUGUCUCGAAUGGCCAAGUGAGAGGGGACAGCUACAGUGAAGGUUGCAUUGGACAGACAGGAGCUCGUGUGUGGCUCUUCAUUGGCUUCAUGCUGGCGUUUGGAUCUCUUAUUGCUUCCAUGUGGAUCCUGUUCGGAGGCUUCGUAGUGCCUAAGAAACCUGUUGUGUAUCCUGGUAUUGCAGUUUUCUUUCAAAAUGCAUUCAUUUUCUUUGGGGGCUUGGUGUUUAAAUUUGGACGCACUGAAGACUUGUGGCAAUAAUGAUCUGUUCUAUUUUUCUGAGACAGUCUACACUUUGUUCAAUCAAAACACCUACUUUCCGUUUUUCAAGUGAUACAAAAUAUUAAUGUUGUAUGAUAACCUUUUUUUUAGCUUUUAGAUUAACGUGUUUAAUUUAUUAGUAAAUUGGUUGUUGUACAAAUGUACAUUUUACAAUAUAAAAAGCACAAUUUGCAAUUUAUCAUCUCUUAAUGAAUUAUUUUCUUUUCACUCAAAGUAUGGAGCUAUUCUGUUACAAUUUACAUAAUUUAUAAUGGAAACCUUAAACGGAUUAUUUACAAUACCCAUUUGUGCACUCUAAUGAUAUUUUGCUCCAUUUGAUGAGGAAAUGUUCAUUAUUAAGGUACAAACAUCUGAGGGAAAAAGACAGGACAUGUGUGUAUAUAUAUAUAGCUCUCAGAGUGUUAAUGUUGUAAGUAGACUUACAUUUACUGAAAAUAAUUUAACUUUGAAUGUGGGCAAACAAAAGUUUUACAAUAACUUGUCUAGAUGUGGAGUCUCUAAUUGAGCAGUUAUCCUGAAUCAUCAUUUGAAGGUUCUUAAAUCAAGCUGUAGUUUUAUUGUGGUUUGAUUCAUGGUUUCAAUGCGUCUCUAUUCUUUGACUAUGUAUUUGACUGUAAAGCUUAUACAUUUACAGUACUUGUAUAAUAACCUAACCAUGGUCACUUUUCUGAUCCUGAAAAACCACGGCAGCAUUAAACACAAUGUACAACAAACACGUACGAGAUGACAAGUCUUUAUUCGCAGCACUCACAGGCCAGUUUCUCUCUUCUCUUGGCUAAUAUUUAAAGUUUGACUAACACAAAAUAAUCACAAUCACAUAUUCCAGUGCUGUUUUCACAUACAAAACAUUUUGAAAAAUGUAAUAAGUUGAAGAUGCAUGGGAAUAUUGUAUGGUGAAAUGAUUGGUUCAUUGCUCUCCUGACACUCAACACUUGUUCCUUUUUUCUUUUCCAACCUCUCACCUUUUCCCUGCUUGGUGGGGAAACUGGAAAAACAAUGAUUUAAGUUAGACAGCAUAACUUUAGAGGCACAAAUGUGUUGCUUCAACUGCAUGCAUAUCUUUUUUAACCUAUCAAUUAUUUGAUACAAACUGAGCCUUUCUGUCAUCACUGAUUACUUACCUCCCAGAAGGCCUGGUCAUCAAAGCAUUUCUUGUUAUGGGUUGGCCUCCAGAAAUUACAUUUCAGAAGAAAACCUGAGCAGGAUGAACAUGUUUGUGGUUACAACUCCAAUCCACCAGUGACUCCAAUAACAUACGUACAGUACUGUUGAAAGUCACCUGUGAUGAGUCCCAGACUCAUGCUCAGGCUCAGGGUGAUGAGGAGCGUGCAAAUGUGGAACACAGCAAAUCGGACGGCCCUGAAAGAUGCAUAACAUCAUUCACAGGAAACCCCAAUAAAUUUGAACAUGUUCUUAUGUAUUCACCAAUUCACCUUAAAUGAUUUAAGUAGAGUGAUUGUUAUAAUGUAAUGCCUUAUCAAAUGCGAAGAUACAUUUUUAAAAAAUGUCCCCAAUGCUCUUCCAUUCUCUUCAUAUCCUGUUAACAUAGGUGCUUUUUAAUGCUGCGUACGUUGUGAGAUCAUCAGAGUCAGCGAUCUGUAGGAGAAGUUGAACCAUCCACCCCAGGAUUCCAGGCAGACCAUGGACACUAAGGACUCCGCAGGUGUCAUGACACUCAAAUGCAAGCAGCAUGAGGGGCUGAAAGAUAAAAAAGCAGUAAUAUGAGAUAGUGAAAGCCCAUGGGCAAUUCAGGAAUUUGUUUAUACGUACCUUAAUGUAUCGGGAUCCCAAGGUUGAUAUCAGUGCAGCAGCAAAUCCAAUCGCCAUAGCUACCCACGGCAAAUGAACGGCUGACAUAGCAACCCCAAUAGCAACACCACCAGCAAGAGUACAUCUCUGAAUAUGAAACUGAGAGGAGAAAACAUCCACACACAAUUAUUUUUAGUGGAUUGGAUAGGGCAACUCUAUCCCUCAACAUGACAAAAUUUGUGAAAUUCUUAAAUUGUACUUCUAUUCUACUUGAUCAAUAUCCCACUUUAAUGGCUACCACUGCCCUUUAACUUCCCACCUACAGGUGGCCCUGGCCAUUCAAACAUGUUUUCAGGUCAUUACCAGGUUGAGUUUCCCUUGGGGACUAGUGAGGACAGAGAAACCAGCAGCUGUGACUGCACUGACUGCCAGGGCCAGGUAGGUGCUGUAGACAGCUCUCAGGCUCCUCCCCCUGUCAAGAUGAUCCACCUCUACCAGCACAGAGUUAAAACUGGGCCAGAACAUCCACAGGAACAGAGUCCCUGGAGAGGAAGAGAUGCACGUACCCACCAGAAGUUAACACUUGUAUUAUUGCAAACACAGCAUAGUCCAACAACAAACAUUAUUAGUGGAGCACUAGCAUUUCCAUGUACCCAUUACAGAGAACAGACCGGUCUUGCGGUCAAUUUUCUCUUUCUCAUGCAGUUGCUCAGAUCCCUGUCUGUACAGGACCCACGAUAACAUCAGCCCAAAGAAAGCCCCAAAGAUGUGGAGCAGCAUGAUGGUAUUCAGAAACUGCACCUGUGUGUAAACAGACCACCCAAUCAUCAGUAUACAGUCUAAAAUUGUCACAUUGUCAUCAGAUUCAUCACUUUAUCGGCUUACCUUUAGGAAUGUCUGGAGUAGCCAGCCAUUCAGCACAAAUCCAGAUAUCUCCAGCAGGGCAAUAAGAAGGAGAUGGACAGGAUUGGUCUUCCCAAGGACAGCACCUAUGGCAAUGAGGGAGGAAGCUGUGCACAUCUCUGCAACAACCAAGCUGGUCCAAACACAGGAAAAGGGGUUCAAUAUGUAUGAUAUCUGCUUCCAACAGAUAACUAAAUACAGCUAUUAGCUAUAAACAAAAUGGCAGGUAAAACAUCUGAGAUCUAACAUUUUGUAAUGUUUUCAAAUCUCCCAUCAAACCUGAAGUUUAGAUCCAAUUAUCCUUUGCCUCAAUGCUGAAUGAAUAAGAAUGAUGUGCACCAUCUAAAAAAUUAUGAAAGAAAAUGCCUAACCCAUACACCUCAACUUAUUUCUCAGUACCUUCUCAUAUUUAUCCAGAUCUUUCCUCUGUCAUACAUAGACUCAACACCGUUCAGAAUAACUGCCCACUGGACAGCCAUGGCUGCCACUAGGAGGGUGAAUCCUGCUCCACUGAAGCUGUACCGCACCAGGAAUGUGGCCAGAAAGCCAAAACCCAGAAUCACCAUCACAUGAACAUCCUGAAAUUCUGUGAGGAAAGAAGGGCCACUUAAUAUGUCACAGAUGGGAAAGACAUUGUAUCCCUAGUCGUGUAAGCCUGUAAGAGGAUAGAGUUGAAUUGUUUUGUGUUGCCCCACACAAAUAUUGUGUAUCACUGAAAGUGCAUAAUGCAGCUAGCUGUUAUGUGGGAAAGCUUUGGGAGGCCAUAUCCACCCCAACAAGUCAGCUGCAACUCUUGCUGGCCCCACCAGAUUAAGCAUUUAUCACUCAUAACCAGUGUUGGCAGCCCCUGCUCAUUUUUCUGUUCUCUCGCGCUCUCUGUCUGUAAACAAACACUGUAGGCUAUAGCCUCAAAACAACAUAAAAACUAUAAUUUUGAUCUCGUGGAUGAGCAGUCCUUG